UCCCAGCACCACCCGGGGCCCUGAAGCCGGAGAUGCCCCUUGGCCAUGGCGGCCCCGGCGCCCCUUAAGAUGCCAGCGGCGUCGCCGCCAGCGCCCAUCCUGCUGCUGCUGCUGCUGCUCCUGGCGGCGCCAGCGGUGCCGGGGGCCGCGCCCACGCCCUGCCCAGCCGCCUGUACCUGCAGCAACCAGGCGAGCCGGGUGAUCUGCACCCGGCGCGAGCUGCUGGAGGUGCCCUCGAGCAUCUCAGUGAACACCCGCUACCUGAACCUGCAGGAGAACCACAUCCAGGUGAUCCGCACCGACACCUUCAAGCACCUGCGGCACCUGGAGAUCCUGCAACUCAGCCGCAACCUGGUCCGGAAGGUGGAGGUGGGCGCCUUCAACGGGCUACCCAACCUCAACACCUUGGAGCUGUUUGACAACCGGCUCACCACGGUGCCCACCCAGGCGUUCGAGUACCUCUCCAAGCUGAGGGAGCUGUGGCUGAGGAACAACCCCAUCGAGAGCAUCCCAUCCUACGCCUUCAACCGGGUGCCAUCGCUGCGGCGCCUUGACCUGGGCGAGCUCAAGCGCCUCGAGUACAUCUCGGAGGCCGCCUUCGAGGGGCUGGUGAACCUGCGCUACCUCAACCUGGGCAUGUGCAACCUCAAGGAGAUCCCCAACCUCACCGCCCUGGUGAGGCUGGAGGAGCUCGAGCUGUCGGGGAACCGGCUGGGCCGGGUGCGGCCAGGGUCGUUCCAAGGCCUGGGGAGCCUGAGGAAGCUGUGGCUGAUGCACGCGCGGGUGGCGGCGGUGGAGAGAAACGCCUUCGACGACCUCAAAGCCCUGGAGGAGCUCAACUUGGCCCACAACGAUCUGGCCUCGCUGCCCCACGACCUGUUCGCUCCCUUGCACCGCCUGGAGCGUGUCCACCUCCACCACAACCCGUGGCGCUGCGACUGUGACGUGCUCUGGCUCAGCUGGUGGCUGCGGGAGACGGUGCCCAGCAACACCAGUUGCUGCGCCCGGUGCCACGCGCCACCGGCACUGCGGGGCCGGUACCUGGGCGAGCUGGAGCCAGGCCACUUCACCUGCUACGCGCCCGUCAUCGUGGAGCCGCCGGCCGACCUCAACGUCACCGAGGGCAUGGCGGCCGAGCUCAAGUGCCGCACGGGCACGGCCAUGACCUCGGUCAACUGGUUGACGCCCAAUGGGACGCUGAUGACACAUGGCUCGUACCGGGUGAGGAUCUCGGUGCUGCACGACGGCACGCUCAACUUCACCAACGUGACGGUGCAGGACACGGGCCAGUACACCUGCAUGGUCACCAACGCCGCCGGCAACACCACGGCCUCGGCCACGCUCAACGUCUCGGCCGCUGACGCUGCCGCCGCCGCCGCCGCUGCCGCUGCCGCAGCCACGGGCUACACCUACUUCACCACGGUCACUGUGGAGACCACCGAGGGCGGCGGUGAAGAACAAGCCCCCCAGACCCCGCCGGCGCCCACAGCACCCGGGUGGGACCCCUCCGGCGGCUCCACGGCGGCGCCGGCCACGCGCGCCACAGGGAAGCCCUUCACGGUGCCCAUCACUGCUGCCGCCGCGGCGGGUGCCGGGGCAGCGGGAGGGGGUCUCCAAGACCUGGAUGACGUGCUGAAGACCACCAAGAUCAUCAUCGGGUGCUUCGUGGCCAUCACCUUCAUGGCGGCCGUGAUGCUGGUGGCCUUCUACAAGCUGCGCAAGCAGCACCAGCGCCACAAGCACCGCGGGGGCCCCGCGCGCGCCGUGGAGAUCGUCAACGUCGAGGACGAGCUCUCGGGGGGCCCGGCGGGGGCGGGGGGGGGUGUGGGGGGCACGUCGGGGGGGGGGGGGACGUCGGGGGACAACAGGCUGGCGCUACCGGCGCUGGAGAGGGAGCACCUGGACAGGUAUGCAGCACUGGCCGCCCACUAUGGGGGUCCAGCGGCGGCACUGGGGUGCGGGAAGACCCCCCUGCUCAACUCGGUGCAUGAGCCACUGCUGUUCAAGAGCCCCUCCAAGGAGAACGUGCAGGAGACCCAGAUUUGACCCCCCCCCAAAAGAAAGUGAGGGGUGGGGACCCCAUUCUCCUGCUCAGAGACUCAAUUCUGGCCCCCCUGGAAAGGGGGAACGGGGACCCCCCAAACCUGGACUUGACUCCCCCCAGAAAGGGGGAACGGGGACCCCCCCUAAACCUGGACUUAACCCCCAUGAAAUGGGGGGAACAGAGAACCCCCUCCUGCUCAGAGACUUGGAUCUGUGACCCCCCCAGAAAGGGGGAACAGGGACCCCCCCGCCCCCAAAACCUGGACGUGACCCCUCCCAGAAAGGGAGAACUUGGACUUGACCCCCCCAUCCUGAAAUGAGGGGGUGUGGGGACCCCCCCUAAACCACAGACCUGGACCUGACCCCCCUGAAAUGGGGGAGCAGAGACCCCCCCCCCGACCUGUGGACUGGGAUGUGACUGCCCCCCAAAACGAGGGGCGUGGAGACCCUCCCCUAAACCCCAGACUUGGACCUGAACCCCCUGAAAAAAGAGGGAGUAGGGAUCCCCCCAAACCUGAACUUGACCCCCUGAAAUGAGGGAAAAAGGGACCCCCCCUUAAACCUGGACUUGACCCCCCAUGGAAGGAGAGGGACUGAGGACCCCCCUAAACCACAGACCUGGAUCUGACCCCCUCCUCAAACCCCUCCUGUUCCAGAGCCCCCCCAAGGAGAACGGGCAGGAGACCCAGAUUUGGCCCCCAUCAAAAGAAAAUGAGGGGUGGGGACCCCCUUCUCCUGCCCAGAGACUCAAUUCGAACUCCCCGGAAAGGGGGAACGGGGACCUCCCUAAACCUGGACUUAAUCCCCCUUAAACCACAGACCUGCAUCUGACCCCCCACAAAAUUGGGAAGUGGGGACCUGCCCCCCCCAACUUAUGGACCUGGAUCUGACCCCCCCCAAAAUGAGGGGGGGGGAGUGUGGGGACCCCCCCAAAACGGGGGGGCACAGGGGGACCCCACCGACCCAGUUCUGACCCCCCCAAAAUGAGGGAGGGGGCCUGGGAACAACCCCCUCCCCCCAAAAAAAAACCCCACCCUGUGAUGCCCACC